AUGGGCAUCAACAGUCUGAUUCAGGAGAUUCAUCAAGAGCUGGGUCUGCCUUCCUCGGCCACCAAGGUUGAUGUGCUCACGCAAGCCGUUGCUCUUCUUCGAACGCGCCAGCAGCUGGCCCGCCAACUCGCCGACCUCCAAGCCGAAAACAGUCUCUUGCGUGCCGACAAUGUUCGCCGUCGUGCCCCCGCUGAUGCACAGGCUCCCUCUGAACGGGCCACCACCGACUCGUUUCAGCGCCAGGUGACCAGCUCCUCCGAGAACGACGAUGUGGAUUGCUGCCACCAGAUGGGACUCUUGACCGCCAACGAGGUCCAACACCGGCAACUCCGCUCUGCAGCCGCCCGCGCACAGACCGCUGCGCGCGCCCGUCAAUAUCACGCCUUUAUCAAAGCCCACCCCCCCGUGCUCCCCCGCCACCCGAACCGCCACCACUGGGACGGCAGCAGCGAGGACGUUGAAGACAAUCCCGAGCAACUGGCCCUCGCCCUCGCCCUGCCCCCCUAUCCUGACGCUCAAUUUGAGGUGAAGAGCUGCCGCAAACACAACUCGACAGGCGCGAUUGAAGUGGGCGACGACGACGACACUCUGUGGCCCGACAUCAAGCCGUGGGACCUGUACGACUUGUCCCUUGACCUUCAAUUACACUCGUCCCUGGGCCGGGAUCUCUCCCGUGGGCUUCGCCUCCUCGAAGCCAACAACGCCCUCCUCUCCAUUACCGGCGCCACCUUCAACCAACUUCAAACCCUAUGGACUGACCCGACCUCAGCAAUCUGGGACGAGUAUCCGCACCUGGCCCAACUGUUUGUGCAGCUCGUCGAGCGCCGGGGCUCCGUGCUACGGUUUCUGGACCGCUUUCGCCGCCUUAAUGAUAACAGUGAAAUCUGGGUCUACUGCGUGGCCUACAUCCUGCCCGAACGGGCGACCCUUUCUACCUCGCUCGAAGCCCAAACCAGCACCAGCACCUGCGCCACAGACGCCGCCGCCUCCACCACAGCCUUCUCUUCUUCCACGGCCUUUUCUUUUUUCUCUUCUUCCUCCCUCACUUCCCCGACUGCACCGCUCAUUGCUUCAACCACCAUUGUGGUCGAACGUCCCCUUGACAAUCAGUCCUUUUCUAGCAUCGAGUAAAGCCGACAGCGUCGAGCGCUCCUGUCCCGCUCUUGCUCUCGCCCCCUAGGUCAAAGCAUUGCCCGUCCAUCAUAGUCCUCUUUGCGCUGCGCGCAGCCUGGUCGUUGGCCAUCUCCCAAAAAUUCAUAUCGGUU